UGUUUACAAAACGUAACUAGCCACAACAAAACAAUCAUAAAAGAAAAAAUAUUUCAAAGAACACCUACUUAAAAAUGACAAAAACAUCAACUGUGGCCGAAACUAAUUCUCUUAUUAUUUUUUGCACUGGAACUAUAGAAUCAGCAAUUUUUCCACUGGGACCAGAGGGAAGUCAAGUACUUUGCCGGUUUGAAAUAGUUGCUGGUAGAAAUUGGGAGUUUAUUUCUGGAGUAAACAAAGGUAUCUCCCAAGGCAGUAUGCCCAAACAUAUCAGCGAUAAAAUAGUUUUUAACCUACCAUUCGAGUGCGUCUAUAGAAGUUGCAAUCCUUUCGGGUGGCCACAAAUUCUAAUCUGCAUUUACGCGAAGAAUGUAUGGUCAGUUGAGACUACACUCGGAUACUGUUGGGUUCAUCUUCCAAUAAUCGGAUCAGGUGCUGUGAAUACAUCGCAGCCAAUCCGGAUUCCCAAAGACACAACAAUUAUGGGAGAACUCUCUACCUGGAUAACGUCGAAAAAUGCAGAACUGAAAAACCCUAAAGUACUGCUUGAAAGUUACAAGAAUAAAGAUUUCCUUUCUAUGGAAAAGAGUGGAGAAUUAAAGUUGUCACUACAAACACUUUGCCGAGAGAAAAAUUAAUUUAAUUUCGAACCAAACGAAAAACUACUAAUGCCUUCUAGUCAUAAAUCUAUAUAUUUAUAAUAAGAAAUAAGAAUAUUUUAUACAAACAAAACUCUUUCAUUCAAAGGCGUCGGACGUACGUGUUUUUCUUGUAUUCUGUUUUGUUUUUUGAACAUUAUCCAGAUAUGUUGAAGUUUCGCCAGGAAGAAACAAUCUGUCAUAAUAAUAGUGAUGAGUCCUCUUAAUUUAUCAAACUUUAUCUCAAUCCAUAAUUUAUGUUUCAUUUUACUUAACAAUCACCGUCUAUGAGCGAGAAAAAUCUCGGUAAAGCUCAUAUGAGCUCAGAGACUGAUGAUUCUGCCACUGCAUAUGUUCCUGUUGCUCUUGCCGAGCAAAUAAUAAAUUAGCAAUCAUCUUUAACCAAAGGAAUGAUGGACAGGAAGAUUUUCGCAAAAAAGUCGUCGACAUCUUGAUAGAUAGGUAUAAAGGACACAAAACGAGAACACGUUGAGGUCUUG